AGAAAACAACACGGAAUGGGAGAAGUGCAGCAAAUAGUGGAAAUGAAGAAGGAAGUGACAAACAAUACAACAACAAGGUCUGAAAGCAAAGCAAGGCUUGCGAUUUUGGAACUAGCUCACAUGAUGAGUGUUCCAAUGUCCCUAAACGCUAUCUUACACCUCAAAGUCCCCGAGGCCAUGUGGCAAGACGGUUCCAAUACUCCUCUCUCCGCCUCCCAAAUUCUCUCAAUCAUUCGUCCCCACGGCGGCGCCGACGCGGAGAACCUCCAACGCAUCCUCCGCUUGCUCACAAGCUACGACAUAUUUGACGAGCACUUGUGCAGCAGUGGCCAAAGGAAAUACUCUCUCUCCGAAAUCGGAAAGACCCUCGUUGACGAUGAACAGGGCCUAUCCUAUGCUUAUUACAUGCUCCAGCACCAUCAGGAUGCGCUGAUGCGAGCAUGGCCGUUGGUGGGGGAGGCAGUGGUGGAUCCAACGACGGAACCAUUCGUGAAGGCAAACGGAGAGGGAGCGAUAGGGUACUACACGAAGCGAGGAGAUGUAGUGGGUUUGCUUUACAAGGCAAUGGCUGGGAUGGCUGGGCCAUUGAUGAGGGAAAUUCUUCAAGUCUACGAUGGCUUCGAAGGCGUAGAGACACUCGUUGAUGUUGGUGGCAACACGGGUGUUUCUCUUCGCAUGAUUAUGGACAGCUUCCCCAACAUCCGCAAAGGUAUCAACUUCGAUCUUCCCGACAUGGUGGCCCGCGCAGCCCCCAUUCCAGGUAUAACCCAUGUUGGCGGUGACGCUUUGGAAUAUGUCCCCCCUGGGGAUGCUGUCUUCAUCAAGUGGGUGUUCUUAUCAUGGACGGAUGCGGAAAGCAAGCUGGCUAUGGAGAACUGCCACAAGGCACUUCCGAUGGACGGAAAAUUGAUUAUAUGCGAACCGGUGGCGCCGGAGCUGACGGACGAGAGUCGCAGAACGAGAGCAUUGCUUGGGGGUGACAUAUUCGUAAUGACAAUGUAUAGAACGAAGGGGAAGCACAGAACUGAAGAGCAAUUCAGACAAAUCGGCAUUUCUGCUGGUUUUUCUCGUUUCCGUGCCCUCUACAUUGAUCCUUAUUUGACCGUCCUUGAGUUUCAGAAAUGA